AUGGGCUCAUUUACCUCGACAUCCUACGCACUACACUACACUUACAACGCGACCACGCUCGAAACGAACUCCCUCCCACAUUACCUGCUCAACGAACGCCCCAAUAAAAAACCAACACAAAUAAACAACCACCACAAUGGCCGACGAACCCAACACCACCACAAACCCCCCACAACAACACCAGAAACAAACAACACCCAACCCCGCCGAACAAGCAGCAGCACCCCCCAAGCCGCCAAACUCUGGGACGCCUUCGGCUCGCCCGAAGAGCGCGCAAAUGCCCUCCCAGGCCAGUCCGGGCCCACGGCCACGCCCCCGCCGAAGGACCUCACCGUGUCGGACGCCAUGAAGUCGCUGUCUCUUGAGAAUGCGUCGUCGUUUUACAAGAUGCCUUGUGCGCGCGACUCGCUGAUGUUAGGGAUUGGGGCGGGUUUUGGUGUGGGUGGUGUUAGGGGUGUGCUUGGUGGCCUCCGAUCAAUGUGGACAGCAUGUAACUGGGCAGUCGGCGCAUUCGCAAUCACAGCGCUCGCGGCGCACGAAUUCUGCCAGCGACGGAGGCUCCAGGAGCUCGACGGGAUGAAGCAGGCCGUGGAUCUGAUGCAGCAGCUGAAGGUCAAGAAGCAGAAGGAGAAGGAGGUUAAGGCGGCUGAAGCUGCGCGGGCGGCGGAGGAGGAGCGUCGACGGAAGAGCUGGACGAAUCUGUCCAAUUACAAGUUUUGGUGA